AAAGAGCGGGAUUUAGAAUUGGCUGCUCGAAUUGGCCAGUCGUUGCUGAAGAAGAACAAGACACUCACCGAGAGGAACGAGCUGUUAGAGGAGCAGGUGGAACACAUCAGGGAAGAGAAAUGCAUGAAAUUGGUGGAAUGCCUUUACCUUUAAGAGCCUCUUACAAUGAGUGAGGAGUACACUGUUGCUCCUGGGAAGUGGUCGGCCCCCACCCUGCCCACACUGCCCUGUCUUAUGCAGGUCUCUCAGCUCCGCCAUGAACUGUCCAUGAAGGAUGAGCUGCUGCAGUUCUAUACCAGUGCCGCGGAGGAGAGCGAGCCUGAAUCCGUUUGCUCAACCCCGCUGAAGAGAAAUGAGUCGUCCUCCUCAGUCCAGAAUUACUUUCACCUAGAUUCUCUUCAGAAGAAGCUGAAGGACCUUGAAGAGGAGAAUGUGGUUCUUCGCUCUGAGGCCUGUCAGCUGAAGACAGAGACCAUCACCUACGAAGAGAAGGAACAGCAGCUGGUCAACGACUGCGUGAAGGAGCUGAGGGAUGCCAACGUGCAGAUUGCCAGCAUCUCAGAAGAACUGGCCAAGAAGACUGAAGAUGCUGCCCGCCAGCAAGAGGAGAUCACACACCUGCUGUCCCAGAUAGUGGAUUUGCAGAAGAAGGCAAAGGCUUGUGCAGUGGAAAAUGAAGAACUUGUCCAGCACUUGGGGGCUGCUAAGGACGCCCAGCGGCAGCUCACGGCUGAGCUGCGGGAGCUGGAGGACAAGUAUGCAGAGUGCAUGGAGAUGCUGCACGAGGCGCAGGAGGAGCUCAAGAACCUACGCAACAAGACCAUGCCCAACACCACCUCCCGGCGCUACCACUCGCUGGGCCUGUUCCCCAUGGACUCUUUGGCCGCAGAGAUUGAGGGAACAAUGCGGAAGGAGCUGCAGUUGGAAGAGCCCGAGUCACCAGACAUUGCCCACCAGAAGCGAGUCUUUGAGACGGUGAGAAACAUCAACCAGGUAGUCAAGCAGCGUUCUCUGACUCCAUCCCCCAUGAACAUCCCUGGCUCCAACCAGUCCUCGGCCAUGAACUCCCUCCUGUCCAGCUGCGUCAGCACCCCCAGAUCCAGCUUCUACGGCAGUGACGUUGGCAAUGUCAUCCUGGACAACAAGACCAAUAGCAUCAUCCUGGAGGCAGAGUCAGCGGACCAGGGGCACUGCAAGAAGCCAGGGACACCAGGCACCCCGGGCUCCCAUGACUUGGAGACGGCCCUGAGGCGGCUUUCCCUGCGCCGGGAGAAUUACCUCUCCGAGAGGAGGUUCUUCGAGGAGGAGCAGGAGAGGAAGCUCCGCGAGCUGGCGGAGAAGGGCGAGCUGCUGAGUGGCGGCUCCCUCACGCCCACGGAGAGCAUCAUGUCCCUGGGCACGCACUCCCGCUUCUCCGAGUUCACGGGCUUCUCGGGCAUGUCCUUCAGCACUCGCUCCUACCUGCCUGAGAAGCUGCAGAUUGUGAAGCCGCUGGAAGGUUCUGCCACCCUUCACCACUGGCAGCAGUUGGCCCAGCCUCACCUGGGGGGCAUCCUGGACCCCCGACCCGGUGUGGUCACCAAGGGCUUCCGGCCACUGGACGUUGACCUGGAUGAAGUCUACUGCCUUAACGACUUUGAGGAAGAUGACACAGGUGACCAUAUUUCCCUCCCGGGCCUAGCUACCUCCACGCCAGUUCAGCACCCAGAGACCUCAGGUGAGAGGUCCCGAGCACGUGUGACUGUCUCAGGCAGCAGAAGUUCCCCGAGCCAACCUCAGGCUUGUCCAGAGGAGAUGCAGGAACCGCCAGCGGCCACUGAGGAGGAGGAGGGGUCUGCCCACCAUCCUGGGAAGUGCAUGUCUCAGACCAACUCCACGUUCACCUUCACCACCUGCCGCAUCCUGCACCCCUCAGAUGAACUCACGCGGGUCACACCAAGCCUUAACUCAGCCCCAACGCCAGCCUGUGGCAGCGCCUGCCACUUGAAGCCCACACCUGUGGCCACGCCGUGCACACCCCGGAGGCUGAGCCUGGCCGAGUCCUUCACGAACGUGCGGGAGUCCACGACCACCAUGAGCACGUCUCUGGGCCUGGUGUGGCUGUUGAAAGAGCGGGGCAUCUCCGCGGCCGUGUAUGACCCGCAGAGCUGGGACAGAGCUGGCCGGAGCUCACUCCUGCACUCCUACACUCCCAGGAUGGCUGUGAUCCCCUCCACACCGCCCAACUCGCCCAUGCAGACGCCCACUUCCUCCCCGCCGCCCUUUGAGUUCAAGUGCACGAGCCCCCCCUACGACAACUUCCUGGCUUCCAAGCCGGCCAGCUCCAUCCUGAGGGAGGUGAGGGAGAAGAAGAGCGUGCGAAGCAGCGAGAGCCAGACGGACGUGUCGGUCUCCAACCUCAACCUCGUGGACAAAGUCAGGAGGUUUGGUGUUGCCAAAGUGGUGAACUCGGGCCGGGCGCACGUGCCCACCUUGACUGAGGACCCGGGGCCCCUCCUGGGGGGCCCCCCUGGCCCGGUGCCGGGCUUCAUGCCGGGUGGCCUGGUCCCCGAGGGGCUGCCUCUGGGCUGCGGCCCCGUCUCCAGUGCCGUGGGGGGCCUGCAGCUUGGCAGCGGCAUCCGUCGAAACCGCAGCUUCCCCACCAUGGUGGGCUCCAGCAUGCAGAUGAAAGCCCCCGUGACGCUCACCUCGGGCAUCCUGAUGGGUGCUAAGCUCCCCAAACAGACAAGCUUACGGUGAGGCUGUCCUGGAGGGAGAGCGGCCUGCCCUCUGCCUCCCUCACUCCCCCUGGCACCGCUCCCCCUCUUUCUUCUCUCCUCUGCCCACCCCCUCCUGAGCUUGGCAAAUCAGCCUCCUGCCGCCUGGGGGGAAGUCUGGAGGCUCUGUGAAAUGUGCACAUAGGACUUAGGACUUGGCCUCCGCCCGGCCUGUUCUACAGAGCCCCUGCCCCCAGGAGGUGGCCCAGCACUGUCAUAGCUCCCCCAGGACGUCGCCUACCAGCCGGGGGGCUGCAGCCAGGCAGGUGUCCUUUGUUCCUUCUUUCCUUUGAGAAGCACUGAAACCCCCAAGAGUGUUCUUAUCCCAUGGAUAGGAAACCAGUGAGUCCACGGCCCGCUGCCUGCACUGCACACGGGGAGCCGGCCCUGUUCCCGCAGGGGCACGACACCUCUGCCACUGGGUGCUGUGGGCACGCGACUCUCGCCUCAGCGGAGCACAAGGAGCCUCCUUCCCGGGCCACUGUAGCUGAUGGAGAGCAUUUCCUCUCGGAGCCACGGGAUUCUGCUCUGAUUCUGCUCUGACGGAUGGUCACUUGUUUCCAGAGGCAUGACUUCACUCUCAUGCCGCCCUUGCCCCCGAAGUCCACCCUCCUGUGUGUUGUAAUCAGCUCUCAGGCCAGACACCUGACCCCAAAGAGAAUGUAUUUCCUUCCACUCCUGCGCCGCUCAACAGCCCCUGUGUGAUUUGCUUGGGUUUCCUUUCCUUUUUUUUUUUUUUUUUCCUUCUCCAUUUUCUGUAGGGAAGCAGCUGUACUAGAUUGGAAAUCCGGGUCUAUGUUUCCUCUCUGUGGUUCUAGGACACCAGCAGCCAAGUUCCAAGCACACUUAGCUGCAAGUGAGUCAGCAGCUUACUUCUGGGACCCAGUGUCACAACCAAAUUAUUUUAAGACUUGACCCCAAGGCACGUUUAGGAUCGGAUUUAAAUGAAAGGGAGGUAUGGGGGUGACGGUGGUGAAGGAAAUUUGCCAGCUGUAAGCAGGAGAGAAGAACCGCCACUAAACAUACAGCUGAGCUCUCUGGAGGAGAAAACGAGGCUUUGACAUCUGCUGGGUCCAGUCCUUGCUCGAAGCCAUCACUGGGGCCCGUGCUGUCGCUUCUGUGUCUUCUCUCAAUGUCCAUCCAUUCUGCCUCCUUGUUUCAGAGUGGUCCCAGCAAGGUAUGAAAAUCUGUGCCACUUCUUACUCUUAGAAACAGCUAGAGGUGCUUCUGAGAGGAACCACAGAUGAACCAUCGUUGCUGUCAUCCUCAGAGUCUUCAACUUUUAUUUAUUAUUUGUCUGUGCUGUUUUGGGAGCAGUAUCCUCUUUCCUCCCCAGCUGUGGCCACAGAGUCUAUGACUUUCUGCCCCAGGCAGGUACUUUAUUUAUUCUAAUCGGAGGACUGCACUGUAUAAGCCGGUGCUCUGUGGCCAUUUGUUCCAGUUAUGUUUGGAAAAUGACAUUGUCACUUUAUGUCCCCACUCCCUGUCCCUCCCACCUGCCCCCUUUAGCAAAGAGACUUGUCCCCAAGACAGUUGAUGAGCGUAAUCUUAUUUUCCCUGAAGAUGCUUUGAGGACAUCCCCUGGGAGCCAGCAAGAGUCCCACUAUUUCAGACUAUUUAUUCUCAGAAAAUGAGGGUAUUUUGGUUAAUUAUGUUUUUUUUAUUGGCUAGAGACAGAGAAACAGAGAGGGGAGGGGAGAUAGCAGGAGAGAGACAUCUGCAGCCCUGCUUCACCAUACGUGAAGCUUUUCCCUUGCAGGUAGGACCAGGGCCUUGAACCUGGGUCCUCUCGCACUGUAAUGUGAGUACUUAACCAGGUGCACCACCACCUGGUCCUGGGUAAUUAUGUUCUUAAGUCUCCUCACUGUUUACGAGUGCACAUAACUGCAAGGAGCUUCCAUCUUUUUUGUUUGAAUGUAUCUUCAAGAAGUAGGUAGACUAACAAAGGAAUGUGAAGCCCAUGGACUGAACGGACCACUUUAUGUACUCAGACAGAGGCACCACCAACCAUCAGAAAGGAAACACCAGUGUGAAAAUCAACCAUUUGGAGGUUGCGGUAUUUAGGAUAAUCAAUAAAUAAAAAUGAUCAACCUUGUGCAACCACACCCCAACAGUGUGUGGUAAUGCGUCAAAACUCAAUAAUAAAAUUUUAUUUGUUAAUGAAUAUCAAUAAAAUAAAUUCAAAGGAUGGAAACCA